GGCUCGGGAGGGUCUGAGGCGGCGCCGGGGCGGGCGGAGCUGGCUUGAGGGCGGCGGAGGCGGUGCCGAAGGGGCCCGCUGAGGCGCGCUGGGGGUUGGUGGCGCCCGGAAACCUGUCGCUUGCGCGGUCCCUCCGGCUCGCUGGGUCCGGGCGGCAGGCCCGACUGUGGAAGGCAGCAUGUCGGUGGCGGGGCUGAAGAAGCAGUUCUACAAGGCGAGCCAGCUGGUCAGUGAGAAGGUCGGAGGGGCAGAAGGGACCAAGCUUGACGAUGACUUCAAAGAGAUGGAGAAGAAGGUGGAUGUCACCAGCAAGGCUGUGACAGAAGUGUUGGCCAGAACCAUUGAGUACCUGCAGCCCAACCCAGCCUCUCGGGCCAAGCUGACGAUGCUCAACACGGUGUCCAAGAUCCGAGGGCAGGUGAAGAAUCCUGGCUACCCACAGUCAGAGGGCCUGCUGGGCGAGUGCAUGAUCCGCCAUGGGAAGGAGCUGGGCGGCGAGUCCAACUUCGGCGAUGCUCUGCUGGAUGCUGGAGAGUCCAUGAAGCGCCUGGCCGAGGUGAAGGACUCCCUGGACAUUGAGGUCAAGCAGAACUUCAUCGACCCUCUGCAGAACCUGUGCGACAAGGACCUGAAGGAGAUUCAGCACCACCUGAAGAAGCUGGAGGGCCGCCGCCUGGACUUCGACUACAAGAAGAAGCGGCAGGGCAAGAUCCCCGACGAGGAGCUGCGCCAGGCCAUGGAGAAGUUCGAGGAGUCCAAGGAGGUGGCAGAGACCAGUAUGCAUCACCUCCUGGAGACUGAUAUCGAGCAGGUGAGCCAGCUCUCUGCCCUGGUGGACGCCCAGCUGGACUACCACCGGCAGGCCGUGCAGAUCCUAGAUGAGUUGGCCGACAAGCUCAAGCGAAGGAUGCGGGAUGCCUCCUCACGCCCCAAACGGGAAUAUAAGCCCAAGCCGCGGGAGCUCCUGGACCUCGGAGAGCCCGAGCAGCCCAAUGGCGGCUUCCCCUGUGCUGCGGCCCCCAAGACCACAGCUUCAUCAUCUUUCCGAUCUUCUGACAAGCCCAUCCGGACCCCCAGCAGGAGCAUGCCGCCCCUGGACCAGCCGAGCUGCAAGGCCUUGUACGACUUCGAGCCUGAGAACGACGGGGAGCUGGGCUUCCGCGAGGGCGACAUCAUCACGCUGACCAACCAGAUCGACGAGAACUGGUACGAGGGCAUGCUGGACGGCCAGUCAGGCUUCUUCCCCCUCAGCUACGUGGAGGUGCUGGUGCCGCUGCCCCAGUGACCGCCCCUCCGUCUGGAUCUCGGCAUUCCACACCGCCAGGGCAGUGCUCGUGGCUGGCGGGGCGGCCCGCUUCCUGCCGGUCCAGGGGCAGCAGGGUCCCUGUUUACACUAGCACUCACCGCCAAGGGGCUCCCUUCCUCACUCCGCGUGGCCGUCUUGGGGCUGGGCAGUGUUCCCCAUCCUGCUGCUCUAGACUCUGCCCCCAGCCCACCCGCCCGCCCCAGGAGGCUCACACUAAGGUGCUCUUAGAAACACUAACUCCUACCACUCUCCAGGGACGGGUGAUUCCAGGUGGACCUCCUCCUCUCCCCCCACCUCUUUCUCACACAUACAGAUUCAAACACGUUCUUUCCCACCUCCAUCCACACACAUACAUGCACACUCACAUCCUCUCCUGUUUCCAUCCAACAUUCACACACAUGUACACAUGUCCUCUCCCACCUCCAUCCCUCGCAGCCCAGAGACUUGCCCUAAAAAGGAUGGGACUGAACGUUGGUGCGAUGGGGUGGUCUAGGCAAGACCCCCUAGCUGAGACUCACCACCCUGCUUUUAAAUUCCCCCUCCAGGGUCCCCUGGGCCCAUGAAUGCCUACAGAUGCCACCUCCUUGGAAGGCCCUCACCCCUUCCUUCUGGCUGGGGGCUCACGAAGAGAUGAGCCUGGGGGUCUCAGAGGCCAGGGCCCCCAAGGACAGGCCACCUCCCUCCUGCAGGGCACUGAAUCCCACACACUCUGGCCCACCGCCCCAUCUCCAGCCAAGCACAGGGAGCAUCUCUCUCUGGCACAAGCUGCCAUGACCAGCAAACACAUACAGUGUGUGUACACAUACACAUAAAUAUACAGACACACACGGGACCAUGGGAGCCCAGCCUCCACUAUGUGGAAGGUCAAGCACAAAGGCUUUGACAAGUGAAUGUUCCUGAGCCCUGGCUGCUGGGACCUCUGGGGAGUCCCGGGCAACUCCCUGUCCCAAGCCAGCCACCACACCCUCUCUGGACAGUGGCUCAGGCAUCUCCACACCAAGGUAGGCAGCUGCCCAGGCCAGCAGCAGACCCUGGGCCUGGCUCACAUUCCUUUCCUCUGGUGACUGAUAAAGCCCCCAAGGACACCAGGCCCCCCCUAUUGUCCCUGAGGCCCCCUGGUUAACCAGCAUCUGGAGGAGGCACAGAUGUCAUAGCCUGGGGCAGAUCCAAAUGUAAUCCUGAUGUUUUUUUAAAAACGUAUUAAAUGUCUCUUUCUACAGUC